AUGUCAAAUGAACCGACGCCCAGGGAGUCGGUGCCGACUGCAGGGCCGAACGCGACGCCGGGCUCAGAUGUCAGCCCACACUCUGUGGCCUCGAUUGAGGUCGACAAGGCUGCGCCUUCAGAAAAUAGCUGGAAAACUGAGCCAGACCCAUUCAUGUCGCUGUCUCCCAGCAUUCGAGACUAUAACUUUGAGAACAAACGUCGAUAUCACAAGUUCAAAGAAGGACGGUACCUCCUGCCAAACGAUGACCCUGAGCAGGAACGCGAAGACAUGAAACAUGCACUGAUUGUUAACCUAUGCGACGGCGCCCUUCAUAACGCGCCUUUGAAUAACCCUCGGAAAAUCCUGGACAUCGGUACUGGCACUGGGAUAUGGGCCAUAGACAUGGGUGACGACUACCCCGACGCUGAAGUCACUGGCAUCGAUCUUAGUCCCAUCCAGCCUCCAUUCGUACCUCCCAACGUUAUGUUUACUAUCGAUGACGUGGAGGCAGACUGGCUUUACCCUGACAACUCUAUCGAUUUCGUUCAUGUACGCAACAUGGCACCUGCUGUUAAAGACUGGCCUCGGCUAGUUGCACAGGCAUACAAAGCCCUUAAACCUGGUGGAUGGAUUGAGCUGGUUGACAUGGCAUUCACGUUCUCUUGCGAUGACGGCACGGUGCCCCCAGACUUUGCCCCUAUCAGGACCAUGAACUACCUCAGGGAGGCUCUCGACAUGUAUGGCGUGGACAUCUACGCUGCAUGGAAGUUUGCAGACUACAUCAGAGAGGCUGGCUUCGUCAAUGAGAGGUUUGAUACAAGAAAGGUGCCGGUGGGCACAUGGCCAAAAGACCCGUUCAUGAAAGCAAUCGGUGACUACUGUCGAGCUGUCAACUAUGACUCUUUGGGGUCGAUUACAAAUAUCCCUUUCAGAAAGGGCCUAGGCUGGACCAGUCUGCAGGUUGAAGUGUUCUUGGUUCAAGUGCGCAAGGAUCUGCUAGAUGACUCCAAGCACUCAUACAACUACUUUCACUCUUGUUGUGGCCAGAAGCCGUAUGAAACAGACGGAUAA